AUGCAUAUCUUACAGCCCUCUUCCUGCAACUGUUACACUCUAGACCUUCCUUCAUUACCUGAAAACUCUGUCAAUUUAGAUGAGUCAGUGAAGAGAAAACUUAAACUAGAUUGCCGUACUGGGGCUGCUGUUGAGUUAUCAAGAUCUGACAUAUUUGUACAUGGUGGUUUAACCAUCCCCUUAAAUUUAAAUGAAAUCAAUUUGGCUCAAGUCCAAAAAGAAAUUAUCAUGUAUUUUGCAAAAGAAUCAACAGGUGCUAUUUCUUUUAAAACCUUGGCAGAUUGGAUCAGCUCUGAAUUAUUCUUCUUAGAUUUAAUUUCGAGAUCUUGGCAAAGAGUCGAAACAUCUAUCAAUCACGAGUCAUUAGAGAUGAUUAAAAAAAGAGCUAAUAACACAGAUUAUUAUAAAAGUAAUGGGACUGUGAUGUUAAGAGAACGUUUUUAUCACUCUUUAUGUUAUACAAACUCCUCACUUUACAUGUUUGGUGGUUUAAUCGUUAAUCCGAAUAGUUCUUAUGAGUUAACUCCAACAAAUACUCUUUGGAAGUUAGAUUUAGAGACAAAAGUAUGGACUCUAUUAAGUAUGGAUUCCAGAAUUACAGAAAGGUUUGCUCAUUCAAUGCAUGUUAAAAAUGAAAAUGACGAAAUAAGAGAUACAAAACUAAUCAUCGUAGGAGGUUUAAAUAAAGAUGAUGAGAAUGUAAAUUCCAUCGAUAUAUUUAAUUUAUCUCAUAAUUGUUGGGAAGUAGAUUUCAACACGAAAUAUAGAGAUAAAGUCAAAACAAAUAUUGAUAACCAAGUAGUUUCACUAUCCCCAACAGCUAAUUUUUCUAUUCUAGUGGAAAAAAAUGAAGCUAACAUCCCCGCAAUAGCAUUUUACUCUCCUUAUGCCAAGUUUAAUAACUCAAAUUCAAAUUCCGAUUUGGUAUCACUUAAAAAUCAAGAUAAUUCAUCCACAUCAUCAUCUACACAUUCUCAGACAUAUCCACAUUCGACUCAUUUACCCCAUAAGCAUCCACAUACGUCUCAUUCACAUUCAUUACAUAAUAAAAAGCUCGAUCCGGUUAAAACAACGACAAACCUUAGGUCACCUUUUGUAGCCUUGCCACUAUUACCAGAUUCAAAAGGUAUGAGAUUAGCUUCGAUUGUCCAGAAAAGUGAUACUAUUGAGAAUACUGAAGCUCCUUAUAACCUUUUAUUCCCAACAGGUGAUCAUUUUGGCUACAAUAUUAUUUCAGCCGGGUUUUUUCCAAAUGGACAAGCAUCAAAUUUCCAUUGUUUCAAUUAUGAUAUUCAUACAGGUAAAUGUACGAAAUUAAGUAUUCAAUGCUCCGAUUAUGAAAUUUCAAAACAUAGAUUUUGGAGAUUAUUUGUUUGGCAAUCACAUUUUCAAGGUAUUUUAUUAGGUACAAAAGAGGAUGACAAACAUCUGCCAACAGUUCAACGUUUUGAUUUUAUUUCAACCUUUCCAUUACCUGUGCUAAGCACAUCUAAUAUGUAUAACAUAGCAAAACAGCCACAAGUCCCACCACUUAGGAAAUCGGGGCCAAAUAUAACAACACAUCAAAAUUUUAAAGAAAAUGAACGAUCACUGAAGGAAGAUGACCCACAAGUGUUUAGAAAAUUAAGCUUUGCAUCAACUGCUACUUCACAAUUUGAAAGUUACAUUCGUUAUAUUGCUCCGCCUAAAGAAACAGCAACAAUUAGGUCAAUAUUCCCAUCAUAUGCAAUGGUCCUUGGUAAAGAUGCCUGGGAAAUAUUCGGCGGUUCAUUGUCUGAUUUUGAAAUAAUUACAGAUGAAGGUGAUUCCAUUGGUGUUCCGAUGUACCUAUUACGUAAACGAUGGGGACGUUAUUUUGAUAUGUUAUUAUCACAGGGUUAUUCAAGAGCAUGUGCGGAAUAUGAUGCUGCUAGGUUAUCGUCUAACCCAGUUAAUCCUUCCCCAAGAAAUUCUCCUGGGCCCACUUCGGCACCUUCAAGAAAACCAUCUGACGUUUCUUCCGCUUCAUCACUAAGCAAUCAUUUUAAUAAUAUGCGAAAACAAAGCGUACCUGGCAUCCAAUUAACAGCAGCAGAUGAAUCAAAAAGAAAUCAUUCUCUCACUGCAUCUCCAAUUGCAUAUGAUAAUGUAUCCUCUGAUGAGUGUCCCUUAUCGCAUAUAAUCGGGUAUAAUGAUUAUGAUGAUCCUGUAGCUUCCCCACUUACUAGAUCAUCAAAUACUGCUUCAAAUAAUCCUUACAAGAAAAUUUCAGCUGCACAUUCCCCCGGUCGUAAACAUAGCAGUAAAAUGAGGUCUAAGUCAGAUGAACUCUCUGUGACUAGUUCAUCUAAUGGAAUGGUAUUUAGGGUGCCCUUUCAAGAAAAGGAUGGUACUACCUCCAACCCACAUACUUUGCCAGAAAAAUUUAACUUCAAUAAGGAAAAGAGAAGAUCUUCAGUUGCUGUGAUGUCACCAGCCGAUUUGACUAAUUCAAAAAAUAUAGAGCCAGCGCGUCGUGCGUCUCAUCCAAAUCCUUCACCAACAGGUAUUGAUGACAUUCGAAACCAUGUUGCCCUUCGAUUUUCUUCAAGUACACAUAACUCCAGGAAAGCUUCAGUAGCAUCUCAAGGAAGCUCUAUUUCGUUUGUAAGCUCUACUUCAGAUAGAAUGGGUAAUUCAUUAUAUCCACCACCUACUGGAGGUGGUAGUGUUCAUUCGUCUAUUCUUGGCAUUUUAAACAUUGUUUUACCGCCUCAGCCAGAUAUACCUAAUGAGCCAUUACCUCCUAUUCCUCAUGAUCUUCCAUCAUUUUUUUCUAGAAGAAGAAACUCAUUUGCAGAGUUUGUGUAUUCAAACAAGAGCAGCCCUUUAUCAUCUAGAAGAUCUUCAACAAAUCGUUGUUUGAGUUUACCAGAAUUAAAAAGUCCUGAUAGCCUUCCAAUUACUCCUCCCCUUCCAUUAUUAGAAAAGGACACUGAAUAUGAAAAUUGUUCACCAAAUACAACCCCAUUGCAUCAUCGACGUUCAUCUGCUAAAACGAGCAUCGCUAAUUCAUCAAGAAAUAAUAGUUUUUCACGAGGUUUUACCCAUGGAGAUUUUCACAGGCCGUCAAUCACCUCAACUGCUGACAGUGCUGAUAAUGGUCCUUCAAGUUUUGUUCUUGAGUUUGAACCAUUAUUGACGCCAAGGUCUCUUUAUAUGCCAUGGUCUACAGAAACUAUUAGUGCGUUUGCUGAAUUUUUCUUCACUGGGCAAGUCAAUGGUAAAUGGAUGCUAGCCCCAGUAGUUUUGAAUUUAUUAGUUAUGUCCAAAAUUUAUGAAAUUCCAUUACUUUUCACAUUAGUUACCGAAGUUUUAUAUGCCAUUAUUGGUAGAAAAGAAGAGAGUCUGUUCAUUACAUGCGAUUCUAUGAUAGAAUUAUUCCAUUCUAAGGUCUCUCGGCAUUUUGAGGAAGAUUUAACUACAAUGAACAAUUAUCUAAUGAGUGUGGAUGUAUAUUGUGAUUUGAUUAAGUUGAAAAACUCUUUAGAAGAUAUUGAAAAUGGCUUUUUUGAUGCUGAAAUUAUUAAAAAAAUGUCAAGAGGUUAUUCUUUGAGUACAACAGAAAGUGGUGAAGGUGAUAUCAAUGAAAAAUUUUCUCCAAGAGUUUCAAAUGCUACUUCCUUUGUAAAUUAUGUACCAACUGUUUUUGCUGGUGGACCAAGGGACAGUCAUAACUCUAUUGGAUCGUUUAGCUUUCCUACUCAAACACCUAGAGAAUCAUUUACAGGUUUCAAUUCUAAAGUAAAGAAGAAAUCCAGUUUGAACAAGGAAAUUGAUUUUUUUGACACUCAAAAAGGGUUGAAAGCUCAAAGUGGAGAUUCUAUUGAUGAUAUGGGAAAUACUUCUCAUUUGACUGUGGAUCCGAUGAAUGAUGAUACUGGUAUGUCAGAUAUAACAUUAAAACUUUCGAAUUCUCAAUUACAUAUGAAUGACUCAGGUGUAUCAGGAGUUUCAGGUAGUAGACAAACGUCAGGCGCAAUUGAUCCUAAAGGAUUUCCAGCAGAAGGUGGAAUCCCUGAUGAUUUAAAGGAACAAUUAGAACAAGCUAAACUAUGUAAUUUGUCUGAAAUGGAUGAUUUAUUUAUUGAUAAAAGCAUUAAUGUUUAUCAAAAGAACGAAUCGAGGCAAACUAUGCAAUUACCUGCAGAUGAAUAUUCCUCAUCGCAAUCUGAUUCUGAUGAAUUUGACUCAGAAUUGGGCGUGUUGUCUAUGAGUAAAAUGAGACGCAAAGUAGUUGAAGGUCAUGCAUUAGACGACUCCGUUGAUCCGUUGUUCAAGAUCCAGUCCGGUAAUACUAGUCCAUCAAAAAAUCCAUCCACUCGUGGAAAGCAAACUACUUCAACAGGAGGUUCUGGCAGAGCAUCAAGAGAGGAUAUCGCUCAUUUAGAUUUAAAUAUUCCAACGAUCGAGAAUUUAACUUCCCCAAAUGCUUUACCGCCCGUUGACUAUAUAAUGAAAUCUAUUUAUCGCACAGCUGUGUUAGUCAAUGAUGUAAAGUUGAUUGUACGUUGUUUAAAUGCAAUUGAGAUUUCUAAGCUACUAAAAGCCAUGAGAAAAAGAAUAUCUUUCGAACUCGGGCAGAUUGAUGAUAAUCGGGACAGCAACUACCUCCAAAGUAAAGGUGAAAACUUUAGAAUGAGAGCAUUAUCGAACACCAAAUCAAUCUCACCUGAAUCCUCAAGCGCUAGCUUGUCCAUGAUGUCAAAUAUGUCUACAGAAGCAGGUCGAAGAGGAUCACCUAGAUUAUCCACACAGAUACCUUCUCCAAAGACACCUACUAGCAUGAAGAACUUUGAAAGAAAUAUUAAGAAUCCUUCACAAAAUAAGAAAGGUAACUCUAGGCAUAGUAACAUUUCUAGCAACAUUCCAGCAACUUCUACUGCUGUUUUAAUGAACCCAGGUGUAAUGCCUCCACUACCCCCCUCAUCAAAUCCUAAAUCAAAGAAAGAUAACGCAAAGAAUGCAGGAGGAUUCUCGUUCUUUGGUAAAAAGAGAAAUUAA